CGUGACACCUAAUCUCCGGGAGGCGUGAAUAAAGGGCCCCAGCAGGCGGGGCUGCAGGUGCACCAGGACCAGGAAGCGGUAGCGCUCCGGAAAGCCCGCCCGCCCGCAGCGGGAGCAGGACGCAGCUGAAGCGCUCUGGGAUCCUCAGGAUGGCUCUGAGCGGCUCCUCUGACCCGCUGCUGCAGCAGGAGGAAGGGGGCAGCCACAGCAAGGAGACCCCCUUCAUGUUGAAGGCUAUCCAGAUCGCCUUGGUUGUCUCGCUCUACUGGUUCGUCUCCAUCACCAUGGUCUUCCUCAACAAGUACCUGCUGGAUAGCCCCUCGCUACACCUCGACACCCCGCUCUUUGUCACCUUCUAUCAGUGUGCUGUCACUGUUGUCUUCUGCAAGGGCCUCAGCCUGCUGGCCUCCUGCUGCCCACCAGGCCACCUGGACUUUCCCUCCAUCCGCAUGGACCUCAAGGUGUCCCGCAGCAUCCUGCCCCUCUCUGUGAUCUUCAUCGGCAUGAUCACCUUCAACAACCUGUGCCUCAAAUACGUUGGUGUGGCCUUCUACAACGUGGGGCGCUCCCUCACCACUGUCUUCAAUGUCAUUCUCUCCUACUUGCUCCUCAAACAAACCACCUCCCUCUAUGCCCUGAUAGCAUGUGGGAUCAUUAUAGGUGGAUUCUGGCUGGGCAUAGACCAGGAGGGAGCAGAGGGCACUCUGUCAUGGGCCGGCAUAUUCUUUGGGAUCCUGGCAAGUCUCUGUGUCUCGCUUAAUGCCAUCUACACCAAGAAAGUGCUGCCUGCUGUGGAUGGCAGCAUCUGGCGCCUGACCUUCUACAACAAUUUGAACGCCUGUGUCCUAUUCUUGCCCUUCAUGUUGCUGCUUGGCGAGUUUCGCACCCUCUACCACUUUGACAAGCUGGGGAACCCUGUUUUCUGGGGCAUGAUGACCCUGGGUGGCGUGUUUGGUUUUGCAAUUGGUUACGUGACAGGACUCCAGAUCAAGUUCACCAGCCCACUUACCCACAAUGUGUCUGGGACAGCCAAGGCCUGUGCUCAGACAGUGCUGGCUGUCGGCUACUAUGAGGAAACCAAAAGCUUCCUGUGGUGGACAAGCAACAUGAUGGUUCUAGGAGGCUCCUUUGCCUAUACAUGGGUGAAAGGGCUGGAGAUGAAGAAGACACAGGUAGAAUCCAUUCCAAAAACAGAUGAGAAAAAUGAGACUGGCGUCUAGACCAGCUGUAAUCUGCACAUCUGCAACUGUGCCUAUGAAAUGGAGCUUCAGUGGGAAAAGAAGAACCUUCAGGCAGGAAAACACUCAACUACACACUGCAUACGAAGGGGUGUUGGCAGUGAUGCCAAAGAUGCUCUGUGUAUACAGUUUGUUUACUAAAAUUGUGAGGGAGGGGAGGAACAUGCUAUUUCCAUUGAAUUUCACAGUUUCUUGAAUAAGGAGGGGCUUUUGUUGAUGGGGACAAGGGUGUACUGGGAGACCUUUUGUCAGUACUGGGGCUUUUUUAAACUGCUGCUGCUAUCUACAUAACAUAUGUACACCAAGGUGCUGGUGAUGAAGAGGGAAAAGGGCAUAAGAUGUACAAGUCUGGAGACUGAUGGCUACUUCUAAAGUAGCCAUUAAUUUAGCCUUAAAUGUAGGGAGGGGCAAGUAGCCAGACUUUCCAGGCUACCCCUGCCUCAUAUUAUAAAUAAAGUUAAGAUUUUGUCACAGUUAUUGUUAAUAAAAGCCACAGGCAGGUCAUGGGCAAUAAACACAAAAUUAUGGAAACCCAUGACCCAUCUGUGACUUUUUUACUAAAAAAAAAGGGUGUGUGUGUGUGUGAAGGAAGCCUUGGGGUGGGGGGGAUGAGAGCACAAGUGCUGUUGCAGGAAGGGAGGAUAGGGUAGCUGAUAGCUGUGGCUCUGCUACUCUGGGCUGAGGCAGAAAAUGUCAUGGAAGUCUUCAGAAGUCAUGGAAUCUGUGACUUUUAUGCCCUCUGUGACAAUCUUAGCCAUAAUUAUAAAUUAAAAUGGAUGUUGUUCCUGUUCCUCCCCCAUUGCAAUAUACAAUUGGAAAUUCCCUCACCAACAGUUCUGGUACUUCUAAGUUCACUGUCUGAGAGGUCAGUAUUUCUUGGUGGGGGCCCUUCAAAGUUCUAUAUUAACUUUGGGGGCUUUUUUUCACACCCCGGGGGUUUGCUUGUCCAAUGAAUGACUAAAAGGGUGAGACAGAACUACAACCCCCCCCUUCCAAAAGCUAGCAAUAUUCCUUUUAUUAAGCAAGAGGAUGGUGCUGGCCCUUUCACAAAAUAUUGAUGGGACCUUCCUUUACUGGGUACGCUUAAUUAAAGAGUAGCUGGUUCUUUUUUCCUAUGGGUUUCUGAACCAUUUGCUGUUCUGGGGUGAGUACUCCAUAAUAGUGAGUUGGGGAGUUUGAGACAUUUCUCACAUCUGCAUUGGGGCAGAGCUGCCUUUCAAUAAUUAGGCCAGUUUCAGGGUGCAUUGCUCUCUGCCUCUAGUGGUUGCCUUACUUAGUGAUCCUCACAAGAAGAGGUGCCCACUGUGUGAAAUUAUGGAAAAAUGCCAUAAUUCAGCUGCACUAUGAAUUUACUAGGAGGUUGUUACACUUUUACCAAGAAAUCCCAGUUUGCAGAGGAGCAGUGAAUGCAGUAGGGCUGAAUUCAUAUCCAAGCUCCCGCUUAGGAGUCUGAUUAGCACAGAAACCUCUGUGCCCUACUGUGUCUCAUUCAAGUGCCAUUGUGGCUAUGAACUACUUUUUCCUCAUUUUGAUUCACAAACAUCAAUUCUUCCUGCCUAGCAAAUACUGUUUAUCUUUAUCAAACCUCUGAGUUCCUUUCUCUCCCAGGGACCACUAGGCUUUGUCUACACUAGCGGCUUCUUGCGCAAAAACAUCUUGCGGAAGGGUUCUUGUGCAAGAAGUCUUGUGCAAGAAAAUGUCCACACGGCCAUGUGCAAGCUGUGC